AAAAGCCUAACUACCAAUUAACUGACACUAUUCAAAAAGGAAAUCAAAAGAAAGAGCUUCGAAAAACUCACUCUUCACUUCAUCGAUUACAGAGUCAGUAACAAACAAUGUUUACAUUACAGUUUCAGUAUCUAGGCACGCGUUUAAAAAGCCCCAUCGCACGUGCUACUUUUCCCCGUUACUAUGAUUCGGUAUGGUCAACAUUCAAUUUUUGCACGUGUCAGACCCUAACGGAGCUGAAACAGCUUCUUUUCCAUAUUUUUGGGCUUUACCACCCAAUAUCUCUCUAUCACUUUUCCUCCAAUUAAGAUACAGUAUUUGUCACUUCAAUUUCAAGUACGUGAUGGAAAAGAACUUCAAUUUUAACGAUAAUUCCAGUUCCGCUUUCAGUGACUGCAACAGCGACAGAUCCGACGAAUUCACCACUGCAUCUUCACAAAACCGACGCCUAUUAAUGGCUUGCGCUUCCGAUAAUUCCGACGAACUCAUUUGCCAGUUAGUUCUCGAUCUCGACUCCUGUUCGAUUGAACAACAAAAACAAGCCACAACGGAAAUCAGAAUACUCGCCAAAAGUAAUUCCGAUAACCGUCUCAGAAUCGCGAAAGCCGGCGCUAUAAAGCCGUUAAUUUCGCUUCUAUCUUCGCCGGCGCCGGACCUUCAGCUUCAAGAAUAUGCCAUCACAGCGAUUUUAAAUCUCUCACUCUGCGACGAGAAUAAAGACGUUAUCGCUUCGUCCGGAGCGAUUAAACCUAUGGUUCGAGCACUGAAAACAGGAACUCCAACGGCGAAGGAAAACGCGGCGUGUGCUCUGCUUCGUCUCGCGCAGACAGAAGAGAACAAAGCGGAAAUAGGAAGGUACGGAGGAAUUCCGCCGUUGGUGAACCUUUUAGAAAACGGCGGAAUCCGAGGGAAGAAGGACGCGUCGACGGCGCUGUAUUCGCUAUGCUCGGUGAAAGAGAAUAAAAUUAGAGCCUUGAAGGCUGGAAUCAUGAAGCCGUUAGUGGAAUUGAUGGCAGAUUUAGGUUCUAACAUGGUGGAUAAGUCGGCGUAUGUGUUGAGCGUUCUGGUGACAAUGAUGGAGGCGAGAACGGCGUUGGUGGAGGAAGGAGGUAUACCUGUGUUGGUGGAAAUAGUGGAGGUAGGAACGCAGAGACAGAAGGAAAUUGCGGUGGUGAUUUUAUUGGAGAUUUGUGAAGAGAAUGUGAGUAAUAUUAAAAUGGUGUGUCGUGAAGGAGCCAUUCCUCCAUUGGUUGCUCUUUCUCAGUCCGGUACCAAUCGCGCCAAGCAAAAGGCGGAGACACUUAUAAAGCUUCUACGGCAACCAAGAUCCGGCAACGCCGCUGCACGUGCCUCAUAAAUGUCAACAUUUGUAUAUACUCUACCAGGUAUCCUUCUGUUCUGUAUAUACUCCAAGAAUCUAACGGUGUAUACUAGUUAAUGGCUUAGGAGGAUCCAUCCCCAAGGAGAGAACCAAGCAUCAUUUGUAUAUAUUCCACCAAUUUGUAAUGAAGAAGCUUUGUAAAGUAUUGUGAUAUAAAUUAUGCUAGAGGUAGCACUUUAUUUUGCUUUGAUUCUCUGGUUUUCAUAAAGAGAAAUGUGUUUUUUUUUAAGAAAAAAGAGAAAUGUUAAGUUGACGUUUUACA